AUGCACUUCUCAGUCUCGGUUUCCGGAUGCGCUGCAAGCUUACUGCAAGCAUCAAUUCUUCUCACGCCUUUCCUAUUCCCUAAUGUCGCAUGCGCAGCAGACGAUACGAAAAAGUCAAAGCCAGUGAGACCAUGCACAGCGCGAUCGGCAAAUCACAACCGCUUCUUCGACCUGAAUCCGAUAUGGGUUAAACCUCCUGAAGAUGGAAAGAAGAAGUCGAAAGAUGAGCGCACGACCAGUUGGUCCUCCAACGGGUACGACAUCGGCUACAAUUUCACAAUCAACUUCUGUGGACCGGUAGUAGAAAAGCUGGAAAAUGUUGUGGGCGUGGAGAAGGACAUGUGGAGAAACAUAAGCGCGUUUUACGAGAAGGGAGGGAAGACGUACAGUAUGGGUAUGCAGAAUGCCGAGCCAGUCUUUAGGGGAAAGAAGCUCGUUCUGAACUACACCGAUGGGUCACCGUGUGUCUCGAGCAAAUCGAAAAAAGCAGAGGGCUUAUUAGCCGACCGUGCGCUGAAAGGAGAUGACGACGUCGAUGACAACGAUGACGAUGCACCGCAAAAGCCCAAGGAUGGCAAGCGGAGGAAGCAGACCAUAAUAUCCCUGCUCUGCGAGAACGAUGCGCUCAAUUCCGAUGCCUCAAUCUCGUUCGUCGCUGCCAGUGAGGAUGAAUGCGCGUACUUCUUCGAGGCAAGAUCUUCUGCCGCUUGCGCUGGCAUUGAAAAGGAGUUCCAAACGGUCGGACCAGCUGGCGUAUUCAGCCUUAUCCUAUUUAUCGCUAUAGCAGCCUACGUUGUGGGAGGCUGCGUCUACCAACGCAACGUCAUGCACCAGCGCGGAUGGCGCCAGCUCCCCAAUUACGCUCUCUGGGCUGGUAUUGGCAGCUUCAUACGCGACAUGUUCAUCAUACUCACAUCUUCAUGUGCACGCUUCAUGCCCAGCAGGAGAGGCUACAGCAGAGUCAGCCUCAAUGGCGGUCGGCCGCGCGGGCACUCGGAGGAUGAAAAUCGGCUUAUAGAUUCGCUGGAUGAGGAGUGGAAUGACUGA